AUGACAGUUGAUAAUUUAACUACAGCUGAUGAAAAGAUCGUAUACGAUGCCAUUGUUAUAGGUGCAGGUGUCAUUGGACCCUGUGUUGCAACUGGGCUAGCCAGAAAGGGUAAGAAAGUUUUGAUUAUUGAAAAGGAAUGGUCAAUGCCAGAUCGUAUUGUUGGUGAAUUGAUGCAACCUGGGGGGGUUAGAGCUUUGAGAAGUUUAGGGAUGGUUCAAGCAAUUAAUAAUAUUGAUGCCUAUCCUGCCACAGGGUAUACUGUUUUCUAUAAUGGUGAACAUGUUGACAUUCCAUAUCCUUAUAAGGCUGAUUUAAAGCCCAUUGAAAAAAUCUCUGGUCUUGUAAAAGGUGGUAAUGAUAAAGUUUUGAAUGAUUCGACUAUUAAAAUUAAAGAUUUUGAAGAUGAUGAAAGAGAAAGAGGUGUUGCUUUUGUGCAUGGGAAAUUUUUGAUGAACUUAAGAAAUAUUGUGGCACAAGAACCAAAUGUGACUCGUGUUCAAGGUACUUGUAUUGAAGUUUUAAAAGAUAAUAAGAAUGAAGUAGUUGGUACAAAGGUUGAUAUUGAAGGUCGUGGGAAAAUUGAUUUCCAUGCUCACUUAACUUUUGUUUGUGAUGGUAUCUUUUCUCGUUUCAGAAAGGAAUUGAGUCCAACUCAUGUUCCUACUGUUAAUUCCUCUUUUGUAGGACUUGCACUAUAUCAUGCAAAUAUGCCGGUUCAAAAUCAUGGUCAUGUUAUCUUAGGUACAAAUCAUAUGCCAAUCAUUGCUUACCAAAUCAGUCCAGAAGAAACAAGAGUUCUUUGUGCUUACAAUAGUGCUAAAGUUCCUAAGGACUUGAAAUCUUGGUUGGCUAAAGAUGUGCAACCUUAUAUGCCAAAAUCCUUAGGCCCAUCGUUUGAUAAAGCAUUAGAAAGUGGGAAAUAUAGAGCUAUGCCAAAUUCCUAUUUGCCAGCUAAAUCAAAUGAUGUCAUUGGAUUAUGUGUUAUCGGUGAUGCCUUGAAUAUGAGACAUCCGUUAACCGGUGGUGGUAUGACUGUCGGUCUACAUGAUGUAGCUCAGAUGAUUAAAAAGAUUGGUGAUUUGGAUUUCGCUGAUAGACCAACAGUUUUAGAUGAAUUAUUAGAUUUCCAUUACGAAAAGAAAAAUUAUGAUGUUGUUAUAAAUGUCUUAUCAAUUGCAUUAUAUUCUUUAUUUGCUGCUGAUAAUCAAUACUUGAGAGCCUUACAAAAAGGUUGUUUCCAAUAUUUCCAACGAGGUGGUGAUUGUGUAAAUACUCCAGUCCAAUUUUUAGCUGGUGUUUUACCAAGUCCAUUCAAAUUAACGAAGGUUUUCUUUUCAGUAGCUUUAUAUUCAAUACUGAUCAAUUUUCAAGAAAAAGGUAUUUCUGGCUUACCAAUGGCUUUAUUUGAAGCUAUUAUGAUCUGGGUUACUGCAGUUAAAGUUUUUACACCAUUCUUAUUUAAAGAAUUAUCCAGUUAA